UUUGCUUCAUAAUCAUCUGGACGUCGCCUUGCGCUUGCAGUGUCGAGGUCGCCUUUCUGCUGAUUUGGUUGUGAUCGGGCUAGUCGGACUUUCACUCAACAUGCCGAACAUCAAGCUGCAGAGCUCGGACGGGGAAGUCUUUGAAGUCGAUGUCGAAAUAGCAAAGGCGUCGGUCACAAUCAAGACUAUGCUGGAAGACCUGGGCAUGGACGAUGACGAAGACGAGGUGGUGCCAUUGCCGAACGUCAACUCUGCCAUCCUGAAGAAAGUCAUCCACUGGGCCACAUACCACAAGGACGACCCACCCCCGCCAGAGGAUGAUGAGAACAAGGAAAAGCGCACGGAUGACAUUUCCUCCUGGGAUGCCGACUUUCUCAAGGUGGACCAGGGCACCCUGUUUGAACUUAUCCUGGCUGCGAACUACUUGAACAUUAAGGGCCUGCUUGAUGUCACCUGCAAGACUGUUGCCAACAUGAUCAAGGGCAAGACACCUGAGGAAAUUCGCAAACAGUUCAACAUCAAGAACGACUUCACUCCCAGCGAGGAAGAACAGGUUCGCAAGGAGAACGAGUGGUGUGAAGAGAAGUGAGAUAUUCUGUGAUAGCGGUACCCGAGCAGGCUUUGUUUAGACAUCUGGCACCGCAGCAUUUUUUUUUCUUCCCCUUGCCCACCCAUACCUUCAAGUUCAGUUAGUUCAGUGCUUUCACCACUCUUUAUUUUCUUUUGUGGCGGACUGUGCAAUUACUGAACAAGACUUGAGAAAAGAAAAGUGAAAUUUCGGGUUUCAGGGCACCCUGUGUACAGCGCUUUUCUAAAGGUUCUGUUUUCUGUGGUUUUUAUUCAUUAAAGUGAAGAUGUCUACCAACCAUUA